AUGAGCAAGCCAAAAAGUGGAGCGAGGACACCAUCGCAUAGUGCAAAAGGAUCAGCAUCUUCACGUGGUGGUGAAUCAAUUGACGAUGGAGUUGGAUCAUCGAAUACUUAUGAUAAUAAUGGAUAUUUACCUAUACAUCGAGCAGUUUUCAAUGGUUAUGAAGUAACAUUAAAGAAUAUUUUAGAUGAUGCACUAAAACGAAAUGAACUUAAUCAACAACUUGAAGCUAAAACGGAAAAAACAGAACUUACUCCACUACUUUUAGCUACGGCAGUUGGACGAAUACAAAUUAUCUCAUUUUUACUUAAAUAUCCAGUUAAUAUAAAUGCAGUUGAUGUCAAUCAACAAGGUAUUGUUGCUAUUGCUGCUCUGUCACAAAAUGAACGUACACUUCGUUAUAUUAUUGAAUUACCCGUUGCAGAUAAUUCAUUAAAUGUUUGGAAACCAUUAUUUAAAUUAUUUACUUCAUUAGGUGAUGAUGAAAGUAGUAUUGGUGGUCGUGCACUUGAAUUACUAACUCGUCCAAAAGCCGAUACGAAUCAAGGAAGUAUAUAUUGGCAACCAAUAAUUGUCAAUGGUCUUAUUCCAGCAUUAGUCGAUAUACUUACUGAAUCAAAAAAUGAUGAUGUACUUACAAGUGCAUAUCUUAUAUUAUUACAUGCUGUUAAUGAACAACCACGUAUUCAUAAUGAUUUAAUAUCAAAUAAAAAAGUCUUUAGUUCAAUGUUAAGACAUACACGUUCAACAAAUAAAGAAAUUGUUACAUUAAUAGGACGUUUAUUUGCAUCAUUAACUAAACAAAGAUCUUUAGGUCAAACAAUGGUUGAACAAAGUAUUUUUGAACCAUUAAUGACACUGAUUGAUAAAGAACGUUCACCAGAAGUAAUCAGUUCAUAUUUUGAUUGUUUAGCAAAUAUUGUUUCGUAUUCAUCUGUAUAUCAAAUACAAAUAGCGAAUUAUCCAUUCUUUCUUCAAUUACUUAUUGAUCAUUAUUUACAAGAAUUCGAUUUAGAUUUAUCAUUAUCGGUUAUGAAUUUUGUUCGUCAAUUAGUACUUAAUAAUCAAGAUAUACAAAAUUUACUUGCAGAAAAUGGUGCAUGUGAACAUAUACUUGGUGCAUUAACAGCAUCAUCAAAAGAUUUACAACAAAUAGCUAUUGAAACUAUUCGAGCAUUCGGUGAUAAUAAUCCUCAAGUACAAUAUAUAAUGAUAAGUGAAAAUGCUCUUGAACAAUUAUUAAAUUUAUUAGAUAAAACAACCGUAGCUAGUUUACAAAUAGCUAUUGUUUGUACAUUAUGGACAUUAUGUGGUGAUAGUGCAUCACGUAAACGUGAUGUUGCAACACGUAUUGGUGUUAAAAAAUUAAUUAGUCUUUAUAAUAUUAAAUCUGAAGAACAUUUAUAUGCAUUAACGGAUAUUAUUGGAGAAUUAACGAAACGAACAGCAAGUGUAAAAACAAAUAUAGCAGAAGAAAUCAAUCGUGCUGUGGGAUUACCACCAAUUAUACGAUUAUUAACAUUAAAUAAUGAACAACUUGUUUUAAGUGCUUUAAAAACUCUUCAAUUACUUGCAUGUGCACCUGGUUAUAUUCCAAAUCAAUUGAAUCAAGAAGCAAUUGUUAAAUUUGAUGGUAUACCAUUUAUUGUAGCUUUAAUGAUGCAUGUUAAGAAUGAACUUAUUCAAGUUGAAGCUGCACAAACAUUAGCAUGUAUUGCAUUAGGAAAUACUCAAUGUUUAACACUUAUUGAGACGACAUUAGAUUUUUCCUAUACAUGUUUACUUAAAUUAAUUCAAUCAAAAAAUUCAACUGUACAAUUAAAAGCAUCAAAUGCAUUGGCAACAUUUAUUUAUAAUAAUCAACGCUUAGAAAUGUUUCUUGCGAGAGAAUGUCAAUUUUCAUUUGCUUAUUUUGAAAAAUUUCUUGAAAAUAAUAAUGAUCAUAUAAGAUGUGCAGCAGCCUUUCAAAUUGUUGCAUUAGCUGAUUUCAUUCAUGAACAAUCCCAAGCUAUGAGUGCAGCUAUUGGAUGUGGAAUUCUUAUGGAUAUUCUUCGAUUAUCUCGAACUGAUGAAGCAAAAUCAGAUGCUGCUGAAUGUAUAGCUCGACUUGCACAUAUGAAACCAAGUAUACCACAUGCAUUAAUUGCAGCUAAUGCAAUCGAUUAUUUAUGUGAUUUAUUUUCGUCGACUAAUGAUACAACAAUUGGUAUUGCAUCUAUAGCACUUGGAUAUUUAUCUUAUGUCCCCGAAGGACAAAGAAAAUUGUUACAUAGAUGUCGUGGUGAAUUGGAUAUAAUGGCUUUUCUUAAAGUAUAUAAUUGUUUACCUGGUACAACACCGCGUAUGUCAAAACAUUUACUUGAAGCUUGGGAUCGAUAUAAUUCACUCAAACUACCAAAAUUACGACCACGCGGAUCAAAUGUUCGGUAUUUUAAAGUUCUUGCAAAUAGUAUCGAACGAUUACGAGCACCACCACAACCAAAUAUCGAAAAAGAAUCAAUUUCAUCAAAUCCAGUCAAAUUUUAUUUACCACCUAUUCGUCAAAAAGUUAACUAG